CCAAAACCCUCUCGCUGUCGAUAAACCCUAGCAUUAAUCCUAUUGUAAAACAAUCAAACAAUCAAAUCCCUUUCAAGCUUUAUUAUCAACUUUUCUUGGUGAUUUUUUUUUUUCUUGGUUUUGUUGAAGGCAUCUCUCACCAAAACCAGAAGAAAAAAAAAAAAUUAAUCAGAAUGGAUAAGCGGGUUCGUUUUAUUUCAAAAUUCUCUCUUCUUGCCACAAACAAACACAAAAAUCUCAUCUUUUCUCGUCGGUUAUCCUCAGCGCCUACUCACUCAUUUGAACAAACCCCACAAAGCGAAAAUCCACCGAGUUUUAGCAAAGAUUAUGAGCGCUGUGAACAAGUAAACAAACUUAAAGAUCUCCUUGAACAAGGCUGCACAGAUGCCGCAUAUAGCCUUACCAAAUCUCUUAUUCUUUCAAAAUCAUCAUUUUCUUCUCCCUCUGAUCUUUUCUGUUGCUUCUCUGCAUCUACUCCUCUUUUACAACUCGUUUUCUCGGAUUUGUUAUUUUCUGUUUGUUGUGAGUCAAAAAUGCUAAGUGAAGCUACAGAAUUGUACCAUUUGAUUAGGAGAGAUGGUAAGUUUCCUGCUCUUGGGUCUUUGAAUAUGUUACUAAGAUCUUUGGUUGAUUUUAAGCAAUUUGAUAAGGUUAUUGAGUUGUUCAUGGAGAUACAAGAUUCGGGUUUUAGGCCGGAUAAAAUGACGUAUGGGAAAGCCGUGCAGGCUGCUGUGAAAUUGGGGGAUGUAAAUAAAGGUAUAGAAUUGUUGGAAUCUAUGACAAAGAGAGGAAUAAGACCUAAUGUGUUCAUUUACAAUGUUUUGAUUGGUGGGUUGUGUAAAGAGAGGAGAAUAGGAGAUGCAGAGAAGCUUUUUGAUGAAAUGUAUAAGCGGAAGUUGGUGGGGAGUACUGUGACUUAUAAUUCGCUUAUUGAUGGAUAUUGUAAGGUAGGGGAGGUAGAUAAAGCAUUUAAUUUGAGAGAAAGGAUGAAGAAAGAGAAUGUGGAGAUGAAUCUUAUUACUUUCAAUUCAUUGCUUAAUGGGCUGUGUAAGGCACAGAGAAUGGAGGAGGCAAGAAUGAUAUUGAAGGAGAUGGAAGCAGUUGGCUUUGUGCCUGAUGGGUUUACUUAUAGUAUAAUUUUUGAUGGGUUAUUGAGGUCUGGUGAUGACAAAGGUGCCAUUUAUUUGUAUGAGAAAGCCAUUGGAAAAGGAAUUAGUAUUAGUAAUUAUACUGGUAGUAUUUUGUUGAAUGGGUUAUGUAAAGAAGGCAAAGUUGAGAAAGCAGAGGAAGUUUUAAAGAGGCUUACAGAAAAUGGAUUUGCUCCAAAUGAGGUUAUAUAUAAUAAUAUAUUGAAUGGGUACUGUCGAAUAGGUGAUAUGGAUAAAGCCAUUUGGACUAUUGAGCAAAUGGAAAGUCUGGGGUUGAAGCCGAAUUACAUUACUUUUAAUACUCUGAUUGAUAAGUUUAGUGAAAUGCAGAAGAUGGAUGAGGCAGAAGAAUGGUUAAAGAAGAUGGCAGAGAAGGGAGUUGCACCGACUGUGGAGACAUAUAACAUCCUUAUUGGUGGCUAUGGAUCACUCUGCACUUUUGAUAGGUGUUUCCAGAUUCUUGAAGAAAUGGAAAAGAUUGGUGUAAAACCAAAUGCUGUAAGCUUUGGUUCCCUUAUACAUUGUUUAUGCAAAGAUGGAAAGAUUCUUGAGGCUGAAAUUGUCCUUCAGGAUAUGAUUGGCAGAGGGGUUUUGCCUAAUGUGCGGAUAUACAAUAUGCUUAUUGAUGGGAGUUGUAUGAUGGGGAAAUUGAAAGAUGCUUUCAGGUUCUUUGAUGAGAUGAUGGGAAGUGAAAUAAGUCCAACCCUUGUAACAUAUAAUGCAAUCAUUAAUGGGCUCUGCAAAAAGGGAAGGUUAACAGAAGCUGAAGAUAUGCUUCUUCAAAUUACUAGGAAUGGUCUUAGUCCUGAUGUGAUCACAUACAACUCAUUAAUCUCAGGAUAUGCAAAUGGAGGGAAUGGACUGAAAUGUCUUGAGCUAUAUGAAACCAUGAAGAAGUGGAGCAUAAAACCUACCAUAAAGACAUUUCAUCCACUAAUCUCUGGAUGCAGCAAGGAAGGGAUAGAGCUUGUAGAGACUCUGUUCGCUGAAAUGUUACAGAUGAAUUUGAUUCCUGAUCGAGUUGUGUAUAAUGCAGUGAUUCACAGCCAUGCUGAGGCUGGAGAUGUUCAAAAGGCACACGCUUUGCACCUUGAGAUGCUAGACCGAGGAAUUCUUCCAGACAUGAUGACUUAUAACAGUUUGAUUGUGUGUCAUUUCAGAGAGGGAAAGUUGCCACAAAUAAAGGAUCUUGUUGACAAUAUGAAGUCUAAAAGCUUGGGCCCUAAAGCUGCUACAUAUAACCUUUUGGUUAAGGGAUAUUGUAACCUAAAGGAUUUUAAUGGAGCAUAUGUUUGGUAUAAAGAAAUGUUCGAGAAUAAUUUCCUUCCUGAUGCCAGCGUUUGCAAUGAACUUAUUUCUGGCCUUAAACAGCAGGGAAGGUUGCAAGAAGCAGAAAUUAUAUCCUCAGAAAUGAGUGUUAAAGGAAUGAACAAUUUGAGCUCAAUUGAGGAGCUAUAUUCUAUUGCCAAAAUUUAAGAUGAAUUCUGAUGAGUGCUUGAUGACAAGAAUGCCAGAAUUGUCUUUGGAUUACCAUUUUACUGCUGGGCAAGAAGUGGGCUCCUCUUAUGCUUUCUUUGGCUUCGGUGACAGACUAAUUAACUUCUAAUAAUUAAUUUACUAUACCUAACGGUUCAAUACUGCUCAAUUUGAAACCAAAUGACUCUUUCUUUAGAAAAUGAAAUGGAUUUGAGAGAGGCCUCAAGUCAAAGUCAUGGCCUCAUUUUUUUGCUAUAUAGUAAAAUUUUGUUAUGCAAUGCCAAACAAGACCUUAAUAUUUUACUCUUAUUAGUUUUUGUAGGAUACAAAAAUAUUUUACCUCAUUUUUCUUUUCUUUUUUUUUUUGAGAAUAAUUUUUAAAGAUUAUUAUGUUAAUAAUGAAUUUUUGCACCCAAUGAAGCUGGAGGCUGAAAAAGGAUCGGACAACAGUUGAUGAUAUGAACUUCAAGCCAGACUCAAAGGCUGGAAACUUUUGUACCUUGAUUCUCUUAAGAUGCAGAAAGUAACAUUGUGGUAGAAGAUACAUGUGAUCUACAGCUUCUUCUGGUGAGGAAAAUUGUUGCCCGCAUUGUACAUUUAUAUUCUACUGUGUCGUACUGCCUGCAAUUGCUUUGGUACCUGAAGUUGAUAUUCCAAAGUGGGGAGCUGUUUAUAUUCCUUCCAUAACUACUUUAUUCAAUGCAGUUGGAACUCCAAGAUCACUGCAUUUGUUGGUCUUCUGGAUCCUUUUUGAGAAUGCCACAUCAUUGCACUGUAUGAGGCUACCUUCAUUGGCUUGUUAGAAGCUAGCAGAGUGAAUGAAUGGAUUGUCACUGAGAAACUAGGAGAUGCUGUUAAGUCAAAAGCUGUAAAGCACCCAAGAAACCUUGAUUUAAAUUCAGAGAGAGCUAUCAAAGGUUCAAGUUCAAGGAAUUCACGGCCUCUUCUUUUCGGUAUGAUUUGCUGGUUAAUUUGGAAGAAGAGAAAUGCAGCUCCCUUCACCAAUUCUUUGCAGGGUCAUGCUGUUAUUUCCAUUUCUGUUUUUCGUGUAGCUGCAGAAUUUUCUGGUUUAUCUCCUACUCCUAGUUGUUCUUUAUCUUGCUAUUAGAGGAGUUGGGAUGAAGAAGUGGAUAUGUUGGAACCCGCCUCCCCGAUUGUGGUUAAACUAAAUACACAUCGAGCAUUUAAUAGGGCUGGUCAGCUUGCUUAUGGUGGAAUAUGAUAACAAGAUAGCUGUGAAAAUGGUUAAUGUUGUUUUGGAGCCUUCCCCUUCUGUGAGAUCACAUGUUGCUUCUAUCAAGCUUUAUGUUUUUCUUCUUUUCAGUCUAUUUUGGUUACUCGUAUUUCGCAAAGCUAACUUCUCUGCAGAUUGGCUGACGGAUUUUACUUCAUCUAAUGGUAUGAAACUUCAUAUUUUACAUCAGCCGCCAAAUGGUAUUCCUCAUUGUGACAUUUCUGGAGUGGCUUACUCUCGUGGGUGUAGUUCUUAGCUUUAUUUUCAUCUUUAUGUACCAAAAAACAUAUUGGAAAAAAGAAAUGUAUAGUACGAAGAAAACAGAGGAUAUCCUGCAUUUUGCAUAGAUUCAAGACCUUGUAAUUUCAAAAUCUCUAUUAAACUUACAAAUGUGAUUAGUCUGUCUUUUGGAGAGAAUAAUAGCAUUAAAUCUUUUAAUAA